AUGCUGCGACUGGAUGGCAAAGUGGUUCUCAUCACCGGUCUCGGACAGACCCAGGCGGAGAGCGAUGUGUUGGGCAUAGGAGCUGCGAUCGCGGUGGUAUUUGCUAGACAAGGUGCUAAGGUCUUUGGAGGAAAUAGAAGCUUGACGUCUGGGAUGGUGACGAAGAAGAUGAUUGAAAGUGAAGGUGGCAUUUGUGAUGUCAUGGAGACCAAUGUCACGUCUUCAGACUCCGUGAAGCUUUUGGUUGAUGCUUGCAUGAAAAAGCAUGGACGGAUCGAUAUUUUGGUCAACAACGUUGGAAGAUCCGAACCUGGCUGUCCGGCGACGAUGUCGGAGGAAGUUUGGGAUUCUCAGGUGGAGCUGAACCUCAAGAGCGUGUACCUUUUGUGUCACCAUGUGUUACCUAUCAUGGAGGCGCAGGGAAGUGGAGCAGUGGUCAGCAUUGCAAGUAUUGCUGGGUUGAGAUAUAUUGGAAAGCCACAAGUUGGGUAUUCGGCUACCAAGGCGGCAAUCAUUCAGUUCAUGAAGGCAACAGCGGUCAUUUAUGCCGAGAGAGGAGUCAGAUUGAAUACGGUGGUACCAGGACUCAUGGAUACUCCAUACACAAAAGCGAUGGUCGAGAGGUAUGCGAAGGAUGGUGGAAGUGAAGAGUUCAUGAGGAUGAGAAACCGACAGGUCCCUAUGGCAAAGAUGGGUGACGCCUGGGAUGUGGCGAAUGCUGCUGUGUUCUUGUGCUCCGAUGAGGCGAAAUAUAUCACGGGACAGAAGAUUGUGGUGGAUGGCGGAAUUACUUCGUCGACUGGAAGGCCACCAAAAUAA